AUGAAUAGUAAACCGAGUACUUCUAAGCGUUCUAGUAGCGUCAAAAAGACAUCGUUUUGCAAAAAAAGACGUAACAGUAGUGAUGAAGGUGAAGGAAUUGACAUGGAUUUCUUAGAAUUUUCGAGUGAUGAAGAGGUUUAUUCGCAAUGUGAUUAUCAAGAUGGAUCAUCUGAAGAGGAAAGUGAUGACAGUAAUUUGAGCAUUUUCGAUACUCGGAAACAACCUGAAAUGAUAAAGCAUACAUCGAACACUCUCCAGAAGUCAAGUUCAGCCUUGACGUCAACAAAAUCAAAUAACAUAGCUUCUAAGCCACGUCCAUCGCAUGUGUCAGCGAAAUUGUCCUCUGCUUCAAAAACGGUAGAUGAUAUUAUGCCGCAAUCUCCUAAGGAAAUGGAGGAUGAGCUUAUGUCACAACCACCACCAGCAAAUAGCCGGCAUAUUCCUUCCAUGGAACAGGCUUACAAUGAACUUCCUGACUUACCUGAUUAUCUAUUGCGAGAGAAUAUGUCUACCUCUAGUUUUUCCCUGUUAAGAUCGGACGUGCCUACUCCUGACUACUGUGAUGGCAAUUUAGCAUCCGAACCUCAUAAUUCACCUAGCUCGUCUUUGCCUCACUCGCCUAUUCGUAAUAUUGCGGAAAACUUACCCUCUCGAAAAGAAUCUUCAGAACGUGGUGAUUUAGUCAGCUCGUCUAUUUUCCGUUCGCCUAUUCCAAAUAAUGCAGAAAAUUUACUCUCGAGAGAUGUAGCUGCAGCUAUUCGAAACGAAGAAAAUAUACCCUCUCUAGAUUGCCCUACAGAAACUUGGAGCACUGACCGAAGCUCAAUGAAGACAAUUUACUUUACUCAGUCACAAGAGUUACUAGUACCGCCUCUAGCGAAUCCUUUUGAAGUAUUGAGACUUUUGAUUAAUGAUAAAUUGAUAGACCUAAUUGUGCAAGAAACUAACGCUCACGCAGUAAGAGUACUAUCUUCACCUGGUGUAACAGAUCAAUCAAGAAUCACACGCUGGAAGGAACUUGACCUUGAACGUGAAGAACUUUGGACAUUUUUUGGACUGCUCCUGCAUACAGGAACAAUUCGCCUAAAUAGUCUAAAAAAUCAGUCUCGCGUCUGGCGUCAAGCGAGUAGCACGCGUUCACGCGCAUCGUUAGUGGUUACGUACGUUGCUUGUUAUUGCUUACUCACGCGUGUGGGUAGGGCCGCGCGGCCUGCUUACGCGCAAGCUUACUCAGUGGUACUUGCGGGUAUACGCAAAAUGACGGACGAGAAUGAAGAAUUCAACAAUAAUAUUAUGUAUAGCGAAGACGAUAUUGCAGAAUUAGAAGUAGAAGAGCGGGAUAGUAUUGGUAAAAAUAGACCUAGGAUUAUUAAAAGAAUCAGAGAAACGGAGGAGAGUGAUGACGAGUGGAGGAUUGUGAAGGGAAAGGGGAAGAAAAAACGACUGCACGAGGAUGAGAGCUUAAGUACAGAAACAGAUAUCGAGGUAUACAUUGCAUGCAGUGAAAAGCUGCCCAAGCAAUUUGCUUUGGAACGGUUAUUCAAAGAAAAUGGAAUUACUGAUAUAAUUAGAGUGAAAUACUUAAACCCAUUUAAACCAUAUGUUUAUCCAGUUUCACAAUGCUCACAAUGUUGGAGGUUGGGUCACAUUCGCAAGUUAUGUCCAUUUAAGAAAACAAUAUGCCCGAAAUGUGGGGGAGAACACGAGAAUUGUGACACUAAAACAUUCAAAUGUGUCAAUUGUUCUGGAACUCACAUGGCUUUAGCUAGGACUUGCCCUGCUUACCUUAAAGAAAGAAAGUUGCGAGAACUUAUGGCUGAGUUUAAUUGCACAUACAGAAUGGCUUUAACAAUCUAUGUUGCGCCAACACCACAUAGACAAAUGGACAUCCAGCAGGAGUGUAAUUAUAACACAUCGAAGAGGGAAGCGGCUAAAGUCCAAAAUGUUCCUACUUUUGCAGAAGUGACGGCCAAUAGCAUAUUGCAUAACGAAGACAAUAUUAGCCAAUGUGAAAUUAAGGUAUCGUCGCCCCGCCGGCGCCAAAUAAAAAAGGAUAAAAGAAGUACAGAGCGUGACACGUCAUUACAAAGUAAUAGAUUUGAACCUAGUACUAGCUAUAGUGAGGCAAAUAACAACGAAUCUUCUAAUAAAAUAUCUUUCAAGUCGAGCGGGGCGCACGCGCCGUAUUGUACUACCGAAAUGAAAAUCGAUACAGAACGAGUAAUCAUUGAAGUUCAUCUGCGGCCCGUUUUGUGGGAUAAACGCAAUGAAUUAUACAAACACAGGGACGCGAGGGAGGCUGCAUGGAGAGAUAUUUUGAAGGAAUUGGCACCUAACUACGAAAAUUUGAGCGAAGAGGAAAGAAAAGAGGCGGACAAGAAAAUACAACAACGCUGGCGAACAGCAAGGGACACUUACCAAAAAGACAAGAUAUCUGAAAAAUAUCAGCCAUCCGGCUCUGGGAGUAAGAAGAAGAAGAAGAAAUAUUCUUACUAUGACAUUUUGACUUUCUUAGACAGUACAACGGAAACUGCUGGAGAAGAGUCACUCUGUGAAGAAAUGUCUGAACAAAGUAAUUUAGAAACACCUAAUGAGUCCACGCAACCAGAUACUUCACGUCAAGAAAGUUCUCACCCAACAUCAAAACAAAAACAAGUAAAAUCUAAAAAGCAAGCACCAUCUGAAUUUGAGGCACAGUUAUUAGAAUGCUUAAAGUCUAAUCAACUGGAGCUAGAAAGUGAGGAUUUGGCUUUCUUUCAGUCUCUGCAGCCUUCAUUAAAAAGAUUCACUAGAUAUCAAAAACUAAUGUUCAGAACAAAAGUGUUAAAUAUAGUUAUGGAAAUGGAAAGUCAAACACAACCUGCAUACUACAGUCCCAUACCUACAACAAGUUCUAGUGCUUUUACUGAGCUUGACAGUUUGUCACCGAUAAAUCAAGAUUACCAAACCAAUAGUAUAAUCCAGGAUACUUCGAGUCUUAACGACAAUGCUAUUAGUUCUGCUGCAGUGAAUGACAAUGAAACUCUUAUUUCGACUGAAAGCGGCCUGUUUAAUAUCACGUCUUAUGACGUAAUUUAUACCCCAGCAACAACAUCAUCUACAGGCGAAAGUAAUGUCAACGCUCAGGAUACAAAUUUACAAAGAAAUGAAUGA